AUGGAGGAUAUAUAUAGGCGAAUUAGUAAUGAAGACGACUUUGGUGAAGAUGAUACCGAAAUAAGCGAAAUACAACAAUUUUUUAAGGGACAAACAAUACUCUUAACUGGGUGCACUGGUUUUUUGGGAAAAUGUUUUGUUGAAAAAAUUUUAAGAGGCUGCCCGGAGAUAAAAAAAUUAAUAUUAGUAGUGAGGUCACGAAAAUUAUCAGCCAAAGAACGUAUGAAGAAAUAUUUUCAAAAUGAGUUGUUCGAUAGAUUGCGUAGAUACCGCCCGAAUUUCGAGUCUAGAGUUUUAGUAGUUGAGGGAAACUUGGAGGAAGAAAACUUGGGAAUUUCUGAGGAAGACAGAAAAAUAAUAACAGAUAAUGUGACAAUGAUGUAUCACAAUGCAUCAAAUGUUAAAUUCAUAACACGAGUAUCAGAAAGCUUGAAGUGUAACGUAUUAGGAACAAAGUACAUGAUUGACUUGGCGAAAGAGUGCAAAAAAUUGAGGUGUUUCUGCUACAUAUCAACGGCGUACUCACACUCUUAUAAAAAAAAAAUUGAGGAAGUAUGUUACCCGUCACCUGCGAGUAUCAAGAUGGUCCAGGACUUGAUUUACGCUGAUGAAAUCGCUAAACAUGGCAUCCCACAAGCGACUGUCGACGAAACAAUAAAACCAUGGGUCAAUAUUUACACCUUCGGUAAAUCCAUCGCCGAAUCUCUCGUUGAAGAUUACGCCAAAGAAGCUUCUUUUCCUUGUAUUAUUUACAGGCCAAGUCAGAUAAUCUCGACUUAUAUGGAACCGUUCCCUGGAUGGUGUGGUAAUUGGAAUGGACCAGCAUUGCCCUUUCUUGGCUACGGAUUAGGAAUAGUUCACUUAAAUAACACUAAUAGAGCGGUCCAAGAUCAUGUUCCAGCAGAUAUGUGCGCAAAUUCAAUACUUGCUAUUACUUGGGACACUGUAACGAAUAGAAAAGAAAUUGGAAAAGUUCACGUCUUCAAUUACGCAUCUUCAACGAUAAAACCUGUAACGUUAAGAGAGUUUGAACUGCACGCAGUACCACGAGGCAGAGAAGGUCCAUCCUUGAAAACCCUAGCUCCCAAUUUCAUGAUUGAAGUUCCAUGUCAAUUUGUGUUUUGGGUACUUCACUUCUUCGUACAUUUCAUACCAGCAUUAGUUGCCGAUAUUGCGUUACUGGCAAUGUUACAAAAACCUCAAGCUCUUGCAGUAUUUUAUAAAAUAACAAUAAACAUGCCGACAAUACGGUACUGGAGUUCAUCAGACUGGCGAAUUACUGUUAAGGAAACAGAGAAGGUGUGGGACAGAAUGAACCGUCGAGACAAAAUAUUAUUUUAUAAUGACAUACGGACCAUUGAUUGGUGGAUAAGUGGAUAUUCAUACUGGUUCGGAUUGAAGAAAUUUGUACUGAAAGAGCCGAUGGACCACGCGCGUGGCAGAUUUAGAUAUAACUUGAUGAAGGCAAUUUGGAUUGUUGGUAUAGGUCUAAUUGUUUCAUACUUUGCAUACCAGUUAUUUGUUUAUUGGUUGACCCUUAUUUCGCCACUUACCCAAUUUAUAAAAAAUGAAUAUAUAUGUCGAAUGUAA